CUAAAAGCCCACUCGGCCGCCAACUCGACGACGAGCCAUUUCGACGCGCUCACUCGGCCGCCAACUUCACCGACGGUGAAAGCCACUGCCGCCAGGAUAUUUUGCUGCAUUCCGCCGCUCCUGGAUGGCUGGAUCGAUGGGGUUCCGGAUCCAUGUCGGGCGACCACGCCUCCGGAUACUGUGGCCUCGUUCGGGCUCCUCGGUUCCUCGGGGGUCCCCGUCCGGUCGAGCUCUUCCUGCCCAGAAUCCUGUCUGCGGAAGGACGGGGUCGGCGCGCGACGCUGUGGAGAUCAGCUCCGACGAGGAGGACUCUCGCCCCACUCCCGUGGCAAGGAAGUUGCCUUGCGAUGAUGCUGAGUCGAAGAAGGGCGAGUCGGACGGCGCCGGUGUUGCCACGGAUGACGACGACUGCGUGGUUCUAGACGGCGACCCUGAUGGGGCGGUUGCCGCUGUGGAACAGAAGGGGGCUGCGGGGAACGAUGCCAGCUCCGAUGAACUGCAGAUAGUUGCAGAGAAAGGGCAGGUAGCAUGCAGAGAUUUCCCUCACUCGCGCCAUUUAUGUUCUAACUUGCCCUUCGGCACUACUUCUCAUGAGAAACAUUGUACCAUGUGCUACUGUUUUGUAUGUGAUGUCCAUGCUCCGUGCGAUUAUUGGGGUAAAGGUCUCUCCAUUGAUGAUCAUUGUCAUGCUACUGAUAAGGAAACUAAGUGGAAAACACUGAGGCUUGCGUUCAAGUGCAAAGGGCUUCCAGCAUCUCAUCCAGAAAAGGAAAAUACCGUAUACCCAGCAAUGGCGUCAGUCGGCCGCUUUUCUCUUGGCAAUCGGAGUCCUCUUCAAAAUGUUGUGAACCAAAACAGGCAAAUACAUGCUUCAGUUAGAACCGCGCCGAAUGUAGCCCCAACUGUCAGUGCACGAAGAGCAUUCCCUGUGACAAGAGCUGAAGGUAGCACAAGCAAUGCCCACACUUCUCAAGUUACUUAUCCUGUAGCGACAACUGUCAGUGCACCAAGAGCAAUCCCUGCGACGAGAGCUGAAGGUAGCACAAGCAAUGCUCACACUUCUCAAGCUUCUCACGCUGUAGCUCCAACCGUUGGUGCACCAAGAGCGUACCAUGCACCAAGAGCUGAAGGUAGUACAAGCAAUGCUCACAAUUCUCAAGUUACUUAUCCUGUAGCUCCAACUGUUAGUGUACCAAGGCCACACCUUGCGGCAAGAUCUGGAAGAGGUUCAAACAACGCUCACACUUCUCAAGUUACUUAUCCUGUAGCUGUAGCUGUAGCUCCAACUGUCAGUGCACCAAGACCACAGCCUGUGGCAAGAACUGGAAGAGGUUUAAACAACGCUCAAAAUGCACAAAUUACUCACCCUGUACAGCCAACUGUCAGUGCACCAAGAGCUUACCCUGCGGCAAUAGCUGAAAGAGGCAAUGCUCAAACCGCUCAACUUACUUACCCGGCCACUGCCAGCCACCACCUGCCGGAGCCAGAGCCGGACCAGUAUGAAGAGUACUGGGAGGACACACCAGAGGAAUAUGCGUCAGAGGGGUCCACGGUGUAUGUCGGAAACCUACCCUACCACAUUGACGAAGAGUCCCUCGCACUGAACUUCGAGCAUGCCGGAGUCGUCGUGUUCUCUGAGGUCAUUUACGAUGACAAAACAGGCCAGAGCCGUGGAUUUGGGUAUGUCACCAUGAGUACUGUUCAGGAGGCUGAGAAGGCUGUUAGAAUGUACCAUGGAUACGCGAUAUAUGGCAGUGUCAGACCUCUGACGGUAUAUAUCACAGCUCCCCGUCAAUCCGGGUCUCCGUUCGAAAUCUUCGUGUGCAAUCUGCCGUGGCAAGUGGACGACUCGUGGUUGGAGAAGCUGUUCAGCGCGCACGGCGAAGUGGUUGAUGCUAGAGUAGUCUACUAUGAGCGCAGAGGAGGGACCAGGCGUUCAAGGGGUUUUGGUUUUGUCACAAUGGCGACGGAGGAGCAAUUGUACUACGCGAUCAAUUCUCUAAACAAGCAGGUUCUGGAGGGACGUACCCUGCGAGUGAAGGUUUCGAGGGAGAGUCCACAACAAGGCUAUUGAAGAUGUGGCACGGCUGAUACAGGAACUACAGUGACAUGCCUUGUGCAAUGGUACAGGAAAGUGAACUGCAUGAAUUUUUCGUAUUGUUCAUCUAGGAAGUUUUAUAAGAACUCCGCAGGUGAGGUGUUUGCACAGAGAAGUGCCCAAGAGAAAACUUCCAUGAGAUUGAGACCUUAUGUUUGUUCUCCAAAACUUCCAUGAGAUUGAGACCGCAGAUGUAAAAGAAAUUCAGAGGUUUCAAAUCG